ACUCGCUACUGGCUGGAUGCGAGGACCCGGCCUCCUUUCUCAUUGGACUAGUCGGCCAGACCAAGCUGUCAGCCCAUGUGGCGUGGCGAGGCACAAUGUCUGACAUUUAAAUGCAGCAGAGGGAAGAAAGAGACUAAAAAGCUUUUCACCUCGGAAAUAGUCGCCGGACUGUAAAGUAGCCCCCGCCUGCCGUGGACCGACUGAAGUAGGAAACGAGCCAACCCGGUGCUUUUAGCUCGUGACUUUUUGAGGAAGAACCACGCCACUCAGUAACCCAAAAUGGAUGACAUAGUCAUUACAGGUAUAUCGGGCCGUUUACCUGAGUCCAACAACCUGGAGGAAUUCUGGGAGAACCUCAUUAAUGGAGUGGACAUGGUGACGGAGGAUGACCGCAGGUGGACACCAGGUCUGUACGGUCUCCCGAAGAGAAACGGUAAACUGAAGGACAUCAGCCACUUUGAUGCAGCUUUCUUUGGAGUCCAUCCUAAACAAGCUAACACCAUGGACCCUCAGCUCCGUGUCAUGUUGGAGGUCGCCUACGAGGCCAUUGUAGAUGCAGGACUAAACCCAACAACUCUACGUGGCAGCAAGACAGGUGUCUACAUAGGAGUGAGUGGCUCGGAGGCUGGUGAGGCUUUCAGCAGAGACCCAGAGGAGCUUCUUGGUUACAGCAUGACUGGCUGCCAGCGUGCCAUGUUGGCCAACAGACUUUCCUACUUCUUUGACUUCAAUGGCCCCAGCACAGCUAUAGACACAGCCUGCUCAUCCAGCCUGCUGGCAUUAGAAAAUGCCUUCCACGCCAUCCGCAUGGGCCAAUGUGAUGCUGCUCUGGUCGGGGGAGUCAAUCUGCUCCUUAAACCGAACACCUCAGUGCAGUUCAUGAAACUUGGCAUGCUCAGUCCUGAAGGGACCUGCAAGUCGUUUGAUUCUAAAGGAAAUGGAUACUGUCGCUCUGAGGCAGCAGUGGCUGUGUUGCUGACGAAGCGGUCGGCUGCAAGGAGAGUUUAUGCCACUGUGUUGAACGCUGGCAGCAACACAGACGGAUACAAAGAACAGGGAGUAACGUUUCCUUCUGGUGAGAUGCAGCGAACUCUGGUUAACUCCCUUUACCAGGAGGCUAACAUCACACCGGAACAGGUCGAAUAUGUUGAAGCCCACGGCACCGGAACAAAGGUGGGUGACCCACAGGAAGUGAACGGCAUUGUCAACGUGUUUUGUCAGUCCAAACGAGAACCACUGCUCAUUGGCUCCACCAAAUCCAACAUGGGCCACCCAGAACCGGCAUCUGGUCUAGCUGCCAUGGCAAAGGUGCUGCUCUCUCUUGAGCGAGGAGUGUGGGCUCCCAACCUGCAUUUCAACAGUCCUAACACCGACAUUCCUGCCCUCACUGAUAACCGACUUCAAGUUGUUGACCGGCCUAUCUCAGUACGUGGAGGAAUCAUCGGAAUUAACUCCUUUGGAUUUGGGGGCACAAAUGUCCAUGUGAUUCUUCGCCCCACUGAGAGGAGUACUCAGGCACCGGCUGAGACCAGGACGGUACCACGAGUAAUUCAGGCCUGUGGCCGUACUGAGGCCGCUGUGAAUGCACUGCUCCAAAAGGCGCAGGAACACAGAGCUGAUGACAGCUUUCUGUCUUUGCUCAAUGAAGUUUCUGGGUGUACUACUACUAGCAUGCCCUAUCGAGGCUACACAUUGAUUGACUCUCAGACUGACAUUAAGGAGGUGCAGCAGGCGCAGGCCACUCCCAGGCCACUCUGGUACGUCUGCUCAGGUAUGGGGACACAGUGGGCAGGCAUGGGCCGCAGCUUAAUGCAGCUGUCUGACUUCAGAGAGUCCAUAAUACGGUCGGACAUGGCCCUGAAGGACACCGGCCUAGUCAUUUCAAACCUGCUCAUGGAAGCUGAUGAAUCAACUUUUGAAGACACCGUUCAUGCCUUUGUUGGUCUGGCCGCUAUCCAGAUAGCUCAGAUAGACCUACUGGCUAAGUUGGGUCUACAGCCUGACGGUAUUGUGGGCCACUCAGUGGGAGAGCUGGCAUGCGGCUAUGCUGACGGCUCCCUCAGUCAUGAAGAGGCCAUUCUCGCAGCCUACUGGAGAGGCCGUUGCAUCAAAGAGGCAGAUCUUCCUCCCGGUGGCAUGGCUGCAGUGGGGUUGACCUGGAAGGAGUGUAUGACUCAGUGUCCGAAGGGCGUCGUCCCAGCCUGCCACAAUGCUGAGGACACAGUCACCAUCUCUGGUCCGCAGGAUGCAGUCAGUAAGUUUGUGUCGGAGCUCAAAGAGCAAGGAGUGUUUGCAAAGGAAGUGCGCAGCGCUGGUGUGGCUUUCCACUCCUAUUACAUGACAGCCAUCGCCCCAGCCCUCUUAGCUGCCCUAAAAGCGGUGAUUAAGAAUCCAAGGCAGCGUUCAUCCCGUUGGGUGAGCACCAGCAUACCUCAGUCAGAGUGGGACUCGCAGCUUGCUCUCUAUAGUUCGGCGGACUACCAUGUCAACAACCUUGUGAGCCCUGUUCUGUUCCAAGAGGGCCUGAGCCUGGUGCCUGACAACGCUGUUGUCUUGGAGAUAGCCCCUCAUGCUCUUCUUCAGGCCAUUCUCAAGCGUAGCCUGAAGCAGACGUGUACUUCACUUCCCCUCAUGAAGAGAGGUCACACCAAUAACCUGGAAUUCUUUCUCUCAAACAUUGGCAAACUUUACAUGAAUGGCAUCAACUUGGAUGGUAAUGUGCUAUGUUCAGGAGUUAAAUACCCUGUACCAGUUGGCACUCCUAUGAUUUCGCCCCUGGUUCAGUGGGACCAUUCUCAGACUUGGGAUGUCCCCAAGGUAGAAGAUUUCUCCUCUGGUGCUGGGGGAUCCAAUUCUGCUGUUGUCUACAACAUCAACAUAAAUCCUGAGUCUCCAGACUACUACCUACUUGGACACUGCAUCGAUGGGCGUAUCCUCUACCCAGCGACAGGUUACUUGGUGCUGGCUUGGCGUACCUUGGUUAGAAAUCUGGGACUUGUCAUGAAUACCACUCCUGUGAUCUUUGAAGAUGUCGCCAUCCACAGGGCCACAAUUCUGCCAAAGACUGGCUUGGUACAGUUGGAAGUGCGUUACAUGCCUGCCACCAACAAGUUUGAGGUUUCAGAGAAUGGAAACCUGGCUGUCAGUGGAAAAGUGAGCGUUCUGGAAGAUGCAGCCCUCGAUUCGUUUCAUAGUCAGUUAAGGCAGGGAUCUCCCAAAGACGAUCAAGACCCCAAAUUGAAGCUCUUGACACAUGACAUUUACAAGGAACUGCGACUUCGCGGCUAUGACUAUGGCAAGACCUUUCAAGGCAUCUUGGAAGCCAACAAUGCAGGAGACAUUGGGAUGCUGCACUGGACAGAAAACUGGGUGACCUUCCUGGAUACCAUGCUGCAGAUGAUUGUGGUCGGUCUCUCGGGCCGCAGUCUUCGCUUACCAACUAGGAUCCGUUCGGUCUGCAUUGAUCCUGCUCUCCAUCUGGAAAGUGUCCUCAAGUAUGCUGAUGAAAAACAAGCUGUGAGAGUCCACCUCAACCGCUGCCUUGACAAAAUUGCUGCCGGUGGAGUCCAGAUUAACGGCCUCCAUGCAACUGUUGCACCACGUCGACAGCAGCAGCAGAUCCCUCCAACCCUGGAGGAGUUCCUGUUUGUUCCCUACGUAGCGACGCAGUGCCUGAAAGCCAACGUGAUACUUGCUGAGCAGCUAAGGCUUUGUAAAGGAUUAAUUAACAGACUGCAGCAAAAGUUGUCCUCUCAUGGUGUGAAGCUCUCCAUCCCUGGCCUGCAGGGCAUGUCUGAAAGCCCUCAUCCCAGCCCUGCGCCCUCUGAACCCAGCUUGGUGCGGCUCCUCGCCCUGCUCUGUGAACUGGAGCUGAAUGGCAACCUUUGUUCAGAGCUGGAGCAGACUGUGGAGAAGGAGAGGGCUUGUUUGCUACAAGACAGUCUAUUGCAGGGACUUCUGCGCAGCCCGGCCCUCAGGCACUGUGUGGACACUGCCAUGGAAAACAGCACGCCUGGCAAGAUCAAAGUGUUAGAAGCCUUUUCCAAUGAUGGCCAGCUCUUCUCCCACGUACUACAAAUCCUCAAUAUCCAGCCAAUGCUGCGUGUAGACUAUGUUGCUACAGCUGCCAGUGAGGACCUCCUAGCUCCCCACCAGACUACUCUGGACGAACUGGCAGUCACUUCAGCUCAGUGGGACCCUCUGUCUGGUCCCGCCCCCGGAGGCAAGGUUGGAGAGGCUGACCUGGUGGUUUGUAACCAUGCAUGGUGCCCGCUCAGGAUGGACCCUGGAGUGCUGGUGGCAAAUCUCUCUUCUGGAGCCAAGCAAGGAGGGUUUGUUCUCCUCCACACUCUGCUAAAGGGGGAAACUCUUGGGGAAAUGGUGAACUUUCUCUCCAGAGCCAAUGAGAACAACUGCCAUCGCGGACUGCUCACACAGGACGAGUGGAAGAAAGUCUUUUUUGAUUCUUCACUCAGCUUGGUGGCCAUCAGGAAGUCCUUUUACGGCUCUGUGCUAUUUCUUUGUCGCCUUCGGGCCCCCGUCAAACGACCAGUUUUCCUUGGUGUAGACAGUGCUGACUACAAGUGGGUGGAAUCACUCAAGAAAACGCUGGCUGAGCCCUCAGACUCUACUGUGUGGUUGACUGCUUCUCAGGCCCACUGUGGAGUUGUGGGAAUGGUCAACUGUCUGCGGCAAGAACCACGUGGCAUCCGAAUACGCUGUGCAUUUGUGUCAAAUCUUAAUGGCUCGUCAGACGCGCCAAUUCUACAGCUGGACCAUCCAUCCAUGCAGUCAGUGCUCGACGGGGACCUUGUCAUGAACGUAUUCAGAGAUGGGCACUGGGGUGUCUUCAGACACCAGCACGUAACUCUUGAUAAAAAUGAAGAAUUGACAGAGCAAGCUUACGUCAAUGUGUUGACUCGGGGUGACCUCUCGUCAUUGCGCUGGAUUGCCUCACCGCUGCGCCAUUUUGUACCCGACAACCCCAACGUGCAGCUGUGUCGCGUCUAUUACAGCUCGCUCAACUUCAGAGAUAUAAUGCUCGCCACAGGCAAGCUACCACCUGAUGCUAUUCCAGGGGACCUUGCCCUACAGCAGUGCAUGUUGGGCAUGGAGUUUUCUGGUUUGGACCCCAACGGUCGGCGUGUGAUGGGACUGCUACCUGCUAAAGGCUUGGCGACGUGUGUGGAUGCGGAUAAAAGAUUUCUCUGGGAUGUCCCUACUAACUGGACUCUGGAGCAGGCUGCCUCUGUGCCGGUCGUCUAUGCAACAGCAUACUACUCGCUCGUGGUUCGGGGCAGGCUGCGCCCUGGAGAAAGUGUUCUCAUCCAUUCAGGGUCAGGAGGUGUUGGGCAAGCUGCCAUUGCCAUUGCCCUCAGCAAAAAUUGCAAAGUUUUCACAACAGUCGGCUCAGCAGAGAAGCGCGCCUACUUGCAGGAGAGGUUCCCAAGGCUAUCAGCGGAGUCCUUUGCUAACUCUAGAGACACAUCCUUUGAACAGCACAUCCUACUCCACACUCAGGGCACAGGUGUGGAUGUGGUACUAAACUCUCUGGCCGAGGAGAAGCUUCAAGCAAGUAUUCGCUGUCUUGCCCGACAUGGCCGAUUCCUGGAAAUUGGCAAAUAUGACCUGUCCAACAACUCUCCUCUCGGCAUGGCUCUAUUCUUAAAAAAUGUUGCAUUCCAUGGCAUACUGCUGGAUGCUCUCUUUGAAGAUGGAAACCGUGAAUGGGAGGAAGUGUCUGAGCUGUUGAAAGAUGGCAUUGUAGGAGGUGUUGUCCAGCCUCUAAAGACGAAUGUGUUCGAAAGGGACCAAGUAGAAGAGGCUUUCAGAUACAUGGCUCAGGGCAAGCAUAUUGGCAAGGUCCUCCUGCAGGUGUGCCGCGAGGACACAAGUACAUCACUCCAGUCUGCUUCCCCUUUAAUGCUUCCAGCACUCUGUCGUACCUACUGCCUGCCCUCCCACUCGUAUAUCAUCACUGGGGGACUUGGGGGCUUCGGCCUUGAGCUUGCUCAGUGGCUGACGGAAAAAGGAGCCCGAAAACUGGUGCUUACUUCCAGAUCUGGAAUUAGGAAUGGUUACCAGGCAAAGCGUGUGCGUGAGUGGCGGAGUCAGAAUGUGGACGUUUUGGUGUCCACCAGUGACGUCAGCACGCCGGAGGGAGCGGAGAAGCUCAUCACCGAGGCCUGCAAGCUGGGCACAGUGGGCGGGGUCUUCCACCUUGCCAUGGUUUUGCAGGAUGGCAUGUUGGAGAAUCUGACCCCUCAGCAGUUCAAAGCUGUUAACAAGCCUAAAUAUGAUGGCACCAUGAACUUGGACAAAGCCACAAGAAAUUCAUGUCCAGGACUGGCUUACUUCGUGGCGUUCUCCUCAGUCAGCUGCGGCCGUGGCAACGCCGGACAAAGCAACUACGGUUACGCAAACUCCGCCAUGGAGCGCUUGUGCGAGAAGCGGCGCCACGACGGCCUCCCCGGUCUCGCAAUCCAAUGGGGCGCCAUUGGUGAUGUGGGCGUGGUGCUUGAAACCAUGGGUGGAAAUGACGCAGUGAUUGGCGGCACCCUACCGCAGCGCAUUGCCUCCUGCCUGGAUGUGCUCGACCACUUUCUGUGCCAGCAGAGGCCGGUGGUGUCCAGCUUUGUGCUGGCAGAGCGCACAGUCGUAAAGAGUGAGGCAGGAAGCCAGAAGGACUUGGUGGAAGCUGUCGCACACAUUCUGGGUGUGCGGGAUAUUAACAGCUUAAACGCUGAUGCCUCACUGGCUGACUUAGGCCUCGACUCCUUAAUGGGUGUGGAGGUCCGACAGACUCUCGAGCGUGACUAUGACAUUGUUAUGGCCAUGAGAGAGAUUCGGCAGUUGACCAUCAAUAAGCUUCGUGAACUGUCCAGUAAGAAGCCGGAAGGAUCCAAUGUGAAAAAGGACGUCAUGCGCACAUUGUCAGAGUCGGAUCUGACGGAGCUGCUUGUCAACCCGGACGACCCCACAGUGACGCCUCUCAACAAUGUGCAGAGCCAGGAGAGGCCACUGUUCCUCGUCCAUCCCAUUGAGGGUUCUAUUGCUGCUUUUAAGGCGCUUGCCUCCAAGCUCAGCAUGCCUUGCUAUGGCUUGCAGUGCACCAAAGCUGCUCCUUUGGACAGCAUACAGUCUCUGGCGGCGUACUACGUGGACUGCAUCAGACAAGUUCAGCCAGACGGGCUGUAUCGAAUUGCUGGCUACUCGUUUGGUGCCUGCGUGGCGUUUGAAAUGUGCUCUCAGCUGCAGAACCAGAAACGGCCUGUGGAGCAUCUUUUUCUGUUUGAUGGAUCACACUCUUAUGUGGCAGCCUAUACGCAGAGCUACAGAGCCAAGCUGACACCUAACAAAGAGUCUGAGGCUGAAACUGAAGCCUUGUGCGCCUUCAUCCAGCAGUUCACUGGCACCGAGUACAACAAGCUCCUGGAGACUCUUCUGCCACUGCUGGACUUGGAGGCCCGUGUCAACGCAGCCGUGGACCUCAUCACGUCCACCCAUAAGGACAUCAGUAGAGACUUGCUGCACUUUGCAGCCACAACAUUUUACUACAAGUUGAAGGCAGCAGACACUUACAUCCCAGCGACCAAAUACAACGGCAACGUGAUGCUACUGCGCGCCAAAACCAGCAGUGAAUACGGACAAAGCCUGGGAGCCGACUACAAGCUCAGCGAGGUGUGCGACAGCAAAGUGUCAGUCCACGUCAUUGAGGGUGACCAUCACACGUUUUUGAAAGGAGAGGGCUUGGAAUCCAUCGUCAGCAUCGUUCACAGCUCACUGGCUGAGCCCAGAGUCACAGCAAGGGAGGGUUAAUACAUACUCACACCCCCACACACCUGUGUCCCACUUUCAAAACAUUCCCAAAAACCAAUCUGUAUUUAGAAAGUAUUUGUUUUGCUUCAUUUAAUUGCGGAAAGAGUCUUGCACACUCUGUUUAUAUGUUUACAAUUUGUGCCAUUUUGCCUGUUUGUUUAAAUGUACCUCCUUAGCUAUUUUGGUUAAACACAUUCGCGCUCCUCCUCUGCAGUAUAUCAACUCUUUUUAAUUGUACUCCUUUGGAUCAAUUGUGUGCUGCCAACACAGACAUAUGAACUAAGACUACGUUUGUUUACGUUUGCGGUAAAAUUGCGAAGUUAAAAUAAGUUCCAUAACGAACCAUUAACAACGUAAUGCAGGGGUAGUGAAAGUGUGACUGUUUUUAUAGGUCCAUUGCACAUUCUAAAAAUCAAAAUGAACAAUAUCCACAUCAGAACUAAACGAAGGAUUAGAGCCUCACCCAAAAGAGAAAAAAAUUACUUAAAUUGGAUUGGUUUCAGUGUUUUAUAUACAAAAGGGGAACAUCAAAGUCACCCACAAUUCCUUCAAUUUUUCACUUUUUGGUGGAAAAGGUUUAAACACCUGAUGUAAUGCAGGUAGAUAAUUCACAAUUAAUAUAUUGACGCACAUCUUUCUUAUUUACCAUUUGUAUGCGUUUCCCCUUGACUAGUUUCCCAUGACAAUACAGGGUAUUAUUGAGAUAAUCACAAUGACAUGAGCAAAGUAAUUCAUUAUAGUAAAUAAUUAGUGGGUUGUUGACAGCAGCGCUAAAAUCCUGCUCGUGCUUUGUCAGUAUUCUCCCAAAAGCAGAGUGGGAUGCUGUGAAAUCAUUUAAACAAUUUUACAUUCAAAUUAUUUGUUGACUUGCGAUCUGAUGAGUUGUAAUGAGGAUCGUGUUCAACCAGCUUUUCUUUUUUUUUACUAAAAUUGUCUCCUCAGUGAGUUGACAAUGUAUAUGUUAAUAGUGCGAUUAAUGAAAAACUUCUGUGUCUUAAAUGGAAUAGUUCACUCAGUAAACUCCUUACUGUGUACUUAGUACUUGAGGGUGCACAUUUUGACAGUUUAGUGCUGUCGUAGUGCGCUCAUUCGUAGUAUUCGCCCUCUUCUUCUCUUUUCUCUCCGUUUCAAUUGUGAAUUGGAAGCACUCAAGUCCCUGACGGAAGUAUUCCAUUAAAGAUACGGCCUUAGUGUUGCUGCGAAUAACAAGUAGGAAUGAAAGUUGUCUAUGAUGCUAACCCCUGUUGUAUGCAGACCUUUAAUAGCCCCUGUUGAGUUUGAGGGUUUACUGUGAACUGGGAUCGCUGCUGUUUCUGUCUGACUUUUAACCAUGUCAGCGCCUGCAGAUGACAGUCUGCUCCCCGCAUGCAACAGCUGACCUAAUCUCUGAGACGCGCACGCUUGUCAAUGAAGUGUUAGGUGACUGGAGCAGAGAGCAUGUAGUGCAUUGAAGACCGUACAUAUUGCAGCUAAUAAAAGGCUCUAACUACA